AUGAAGCAACGACUACUUUGGUUGCUUUUCGUGUCGCAAGUUUUCGCUGAAAAACCCUCAGUCAUCAUUGUGGGGGCUGGUGUUUCAGGAAUUUCAGCAGCUGUGAAACUGAUCGAAAAUGGGAUCACAAACAUCAAAAUUUUUGAGGCCGAAGACCGGAUUGGGGGCCGCAUCCAUACGGUGGAAUUCGGUGACAAUUUCAUCGAUAUGGGGGCGCAAUACUGUCACGGGGAAAAUGUGGUGUAUGACACAGUGAAAAAUUUGGACCUUUUGGAGCAUGCCGAGCUGUUUUCGGCCCCCAAAAUGUACUACUCCAAUGGUUCCCACCUCCAGAGUCAACUAAUCCAAGAUUUGGAAACGGUGGUAACAAACUAUGACCGGGACAUAAACAGAACCAAGGGGGUGAGUCUUGGGGAAGCCUUCUUGGAGAAGUACCAAAAUACGAUUUUAGACAAGUAUAAAAAUGAUCCUGAAACCCAUAAAUUGGCAUCUGAUGGGUUAAUUUUCGCCCAUAGUACCAUCCUGAUGCAUGAGGGGGCCUUCCAUUGGUCCCGUCCCGCCUCAGGGAGACACUACAAACCCGUCAAGGGUGACCAAAUGAUGGUAUGGAAAAAACGCGGUUACGACAUGAUUUUGGACGUCCUUUUGAAACGUUACCCAGACCCAUCCCAAAAAAUCCCAAUUGAAGAAAAACUAUUUUUGAAGAAAAAAGUCACUAAAAUUUCAUGGAGUGGUACCCCUGUUGUGGAAUUAUCAGAUGGGACAACCCAUAAAGCCGACCAUGUGAUAGUCACCCCAUCGGUGGGUGUGCUAACCCAUGAGGAUUUAUUCGACCCUGUGGUCCCCCCACGGAAACAGGAAGCCAUCAAAUCGAUGGGUUUCGAUGGGAUUAUCAAGAUUAUCCUGUACUUCCCCGAAAAGUGGUGGCAUGACUCCGACUCCACGUUUUUUUUCCUGUGGGAUCGUAGGGAUUUAGAGGGAGUAACAAAGGAAUUCAGUGAAGGGCCCAAUUCAUGGGUGACGAAUUUGGUCGCUUUGGUUAGAGUACCAUCGAAUCCCCAUGUGUUGAUUGGAUGGGUCAGUGGUGGGUUAAUCCCAGAAAUGGAAAAAUUGCCCCUUGAUGUGAUCAAAAAAGGGUCCAUGUUUGUAAUUAGGAAGUUUCUAGGGCGGGAUUAUAAUAUAACGGAACCAAAGGCGGUUUUGAGGAGUGAUUGGCACAAUAAUCCCAACUUCCGUGGUACCUACUCCUAUGAGAAAAACGGUUAUUUUGAGGAGGAGGUGCAUUACCAGGACCAUUUGGCCGAGCCUUUGACCCAUGGAACCACCCCAGUGGUGCUUUUCGCGGGGGAGGCCACCCAUCCCACCCAUUACUCCACCGUUCAUGGGGCUAUUGAGUCGGGACGACGCGAAGCCGACCGGAUUAUCGCUCUUUAUCCUUGAUUUUGUAAAUUUGAUCAAUAAAUAAUUCCACUCAA